UUCGCGAGUCCCAGUUUUAUUUUCUCUACUAAGCAGACGUGCAUAUUCAGCGAACACAAUUAUGCUGUGCUGCAAAUGGACCACUCCACGGGCGCACGCUAGAUCGAACCGCUCUAGCUGCAAUCCAAGCAGAUUUCGUUGCAGAGCAUCUGGCCCAUCUGGUCCCUUGGACGGCGCCCAAGAACCGGAUACAGCUCAACCAUCACCUCAAGCCGCCGCGUCGCAAAUCCCUCUGUCUAGCGCGAUCAGUCGCAGUCUUACAGAGCUUUCGAAAGGCAGCAAUCGGCUGUCCAACUCCACGAACUUGCUGCUUUGCGGCGAGUCGGAAGAGACGUGGAGGCGUCUGGACAGCAAGGUGAACAAGUAUCCGAUUCAGCGAAGCUUUACAGCCAUUGGAACUGGAGGCCAGGACUUCCGAGCAGCUAUGGUGGCGGCGGUGGAGAGCGUCGUGGGUUCGGUUCACACGGAGUGCAUUUCGGAGCGGCAUUCCAGCGGGCGGAACUACAUCAGCGUGACUGUGGGGCCCGUGUGGGUGGAGAACGGCGACCAGGCUGGCGGCCUGCCGUCUGUCAUGGGCCGCGCGGCCUCCAUGAGCAUAAGCCAUGGCUCCUCCUAA